UCAGCACUCUGAAACGGAGUCAUUUUUGUGGAUCUGUGACACUCAAAUCUUCUCAUUUUCUUAAGGAGUAACACACAGCUUGCAAUAUGUGUACGGGAAAGUGUGCAUUGUGCGUCGCGGGAAGUUUGUACCCAUUAGCUCUCAUCUGCAUAAUCUGUAAUAUAAUACUGUUUUUUCCUGGUUGGGAUGUUAAAUACGCGCAAAAUGACCAAAUAACAGAGGAGGUGAAAUACAUGGGAGGACUGGUUGGAGGAGGUUUACUGGUAUUGAUCCCUGCAUUUCAUAUUCACCUGACUGGAAAGCAGGGCUGCUGUGCUAACCGCUGUGGGAUGUUUCUGUCCAUUAUACUUGCAGCAGUGGGUGUUGCUGGUGCCCUUUAUAGCUUCGUAGUGGCACUGGUGGGCCUAAUCAAUGGACCUUACUGUAAAGUCGGUCUGUUAUGGACAACUCCCUUUAAAAACCAGAGUGAAAGUUACCUUAAAGAUAGUAAUUUAUGGGGAUUAUGCACUGAGCCAAAGAACGUGGUGGAGUUUAAUGUGGGUCUGUUCUCAACGCUGUUGGUGGCCAGCGGUCUGCAGUUCAUCCUUUGUGCUAUACAGAUGAUCAACGGCCUUUUCGGAUGCCUUUGCGGAACCUGCAGGGAUAAAGAUCCACUGUAAAUCUUUCCUGAUUUGAGUAAAUGGGAUCGCACCCUUUAUAUCUACCAUCAUGCCUCCUGUGGAUAUUUGAAUCAAUUCAGUAGAAUUUAGAUGUUUGUGACAUUUAAAUGCAUAAAUGUUGUAACAUAUGUAUAACAUUACAAUAUAAAUGUAUUGGUACUUUUUCAUAUUUAGACACACUUAUUGAUAAUAUUUUGGCUUUACACUGUUUUUUAUUAAUACUGUUUGUGAAAUGAUUCAGAGACUGAAUAAUGUUGUAAAGGAAAUUGCCUUUAUUACUUAAAAUAGCACUUGUUUUCUAUUUGUCUGCGUGCUCAUUUUUUUGUAACUAUAAAAUAAACACUUAAAAUAAAAUAAAACUUUUACA